AUGCCUUUCAUUGCGGAGCGCUCGGGCGCGUCGCAAGAGGCGCUUCUCCGCCUCGAGAAGGGCGGUGAUUCACCAAGUACUCAACUACAUGAAGCAGCGAAGAUUCUCGGCGUCGAUUUGGCGCUUUGUGAAAGUCACCCGGAGACUCGCCGCACUGGCAAAAUGCAACUGAGCGCGACUCCGAAGGCCGAAUGGACGCUCCGAUGGCUACUGAAGCGACUGAAGAAUGGCAAGAAUUAUCGCGUGGACCCGGCAUCCUUUCUUUUGCUCCGACAGCUCAUCGACGUGAUUCCUCCAAAAAACCUGGCGACAACUUUGAAAGAGCAAAAGUUCCUCUCAAUUCUGUGUGACGCCGUUGCGGACCUAGAAGCCGACAUCUUUGUGACAGUGGGAAGAGGGCAAUCGAUCGCCAGUUUCGACUCUGACUCGAGCCAUACACUGGUCAGCUCCCCCGCUCAGGAGGACCAGAAAAGCUCCAAGGGAACAAAGAGGAAGAGAGUGGCUCCCGAGAAUGACGAGGAUGCUAUGGAUGUGGACGAACAGCCACAGAACCCGGCCUCGUGCUUCCUCGCAUUCAUCCGGGUUCUCGAUUGUCUAUAUGGGGUCGUGACACUGGCUCAGCAAACCCUCGGAACGGAUGAAAACGCCAAUUCGCACCUGAAGCUGGCAUUGCGAGGCGAGCCGGCUAUCGUGGCUAAGUUAUUGGGCAGGUCUUUCCAAGUGGCUGCAGUGGCUAUCACGCAGUUCUCUCAGGCUGGCAAAACAACCGAUCUUCAACAUUUGAUCUUUGUGCUCCCGGCAGUUCUAGAGCUGUGGGAGUCAAGAUCUUUCCGUGACGAUGAUACACUCAACAAGACAAGCAACGAAGCUUUUGCGAAGUCUUGUUUCGCCCACGGACUGCGGCUUCAGCUUUGUCUCCGGGAUACCAAGCUAGAUACUGAUGAGAGAGCUCACCUUCUUCAUUCGAUUGAGCGGAUCCUCGCACUCCAUGUGCUACUUCCGGCCCGUGAGGCCUUCUUCGAGCGUGGUGGCUCCGGUAUUGACUACUCCAAGGAAGAGCCAGACUGGAGUCCUGUUCAACCAGUGACGGAUACUUUCAGGCCCAUCAUCCGCGAAUCUUCGGCUAUCCAAAUGUCCCAAGGCGAACCUAGGGACGUAUCUUUCCACUCCUCAUGGCAAUCGAUCGAACUUCUCCCCGAGUUGUUCGAUAAUGCAAUUCGGGCGGUGCCAAGAGACAUCUUCCGCCGACAGACCCAUGAGGCUCCUUGGCUCGAGACCUUGUUUGUGGCCGUCGCAGAAUUGGCCUAUACCACUGCAAAGGAAGAGGACCCUGACACCCAUUCUACUCGCUUUGUUUCGGUUCUGGAAGAGCUUCUCCGAGUAGCUCUUGCCCGCAACGUGGGCCUUUCUUUGCACACUGUUCUGACCCAUGCCCGUUUUACUGGUCUCUACGAGGAAGGACUAGACCAAGUUCACUGGAAAGUGACGGCUUUAGCCAUCAGUCUUGGUGUCGAUAUCUUCUUGCCAAACUCUGGCCUGUCUGAUUCCCGCAAGCUUUUGGAUGCCUUGCUUGACAAGAUCAUGCUCCAGUGGUACCACGGCUCCCCUACGAAAUCACAAGAUUACAGUACGAUCAAAAACGAAGUCGCCAUUCCCCUCAUGCGAGGCUUUGCGGCAGCGAGAGACCUAACAACUUUCAUGGACGUGUGGCGUAGCCAGCUGAUCAAGCUGGAGGACGCUCGUAUGCAAAAUGACAGUCUGUCGAAGUUUUCGGUAUGGGAAGACGAUGACCUAUGUGAUGCUUACAGCGAGUUGAUGCGAACUUCGCUCACUGGCACCAGUCUCUCGGAACAGGCGCGCUCUGCUGUCAUGAAGCUUCGGGCCGACAGUGGUAAGGUCUCCGAGUCCUCUGAGUCGUAUGCCGACUUUGUUCUCAUGGAGGCUGGCUUUCGAGGGAGGAAAUUGGCUGCGGACGAUCUUGAGGAGACUAUGAUUACUCUAAUUGAGACACUGUCAGCUACACUGUCCUCAAAGCAGACCAUCCACUGGCGUUGGCGCUUAUGGCGAUUCGUUCGAGUCUUUCUCGAGAACAACACAAUGACAGCGGACGGCAAACUUCCUCAGGCAAUCAACCUUCUACUAGGCUCUGUCGCAGGAAUGAUUCGUCGCAAUCAUAAGAACUUAGACGGCAUCCCUCUCGCCGCGCUCGAGGCUUGGGAGGCCUAUCGGUAUGCCUUGGUUGCUAUCAAGGGCAAGCCCUCAGAUGAACAGCUGGAGGCAUUCACCGAUAUCUCCAAGCGCGUCACUGACUUCAUUGUAUCUGUGUCGACGGAAAGUGCUAAAGAGUCCAUGAAUACACCCUGGGAUGGCCGAAUUGACACACUGAAAUCUUCAACGACCCUUUGCUUGGCUUACUUCAUGGCCCUUGUGAGGGUGCCCGAAGCCUGGGAGCGUGUCCCUUCGGAGAAACGCUCUCGUCAGCUCGAGCACAUUCUUUCCAUGGCCGCAGUUCAAUACCGGGCAUCAUCGCCGCCGCUCGAGGCCAUCGCUGAUGAUGCGCGGUUCCUUCAGGCAUGGACGAGCGUUGUGUGUCACGAGUACCUGCUCGGCGUACCCUUCAUUGUGUCAGACUUGGUACAGAUUCUCAACCAAACCAUUGAGAACGACCAUCACAACCGUCAUCUCUGCGUGGAGAGCAUGCAGAGGAUCCCGGCCGCUUUGAUCACUCGCGGUCUCCGAACAGCCAUUUUGAACAAAUUCAACAGUAUUUUGCUUCAUCAGGAUAGUUCUCCCGAACUGACUGUGGGUCUCCUGACUAUGAUGGCGAAGCUAGCGGCCAUGCCCAAGUGCGAUGCGAUCGUGACGGCCGAGUGGGAGCCGAUCUCCACUGCUGCCCGAGCUAUCAAUCUUCAGGGUACAGAGGUUGAUCUUCAGAUCAUGAAAGCCUUCCGAAGCUUCCAUCAUGCGGUCAUUGCCAAAUUAUUAGUGUUGAAGGAGGACAACCGGAUCGAAAUGACCAAGAAGCUGUUCGCAAAAACAUCCAAGCAGACUUCCAAGUUGCGACAAAUAGAUCGGAAUUCCAUGGCUGACUUCCUCCUUCGUCUGAACCUGUCAGAAUUGUGGAGUCACCGUAAACAACUGCGCGAGGCAUUCCAGGAGGAUGAGCUGGCCGCCUGUCGCCAACGUGUAUUCGGGCUGAUUUUGGCAGACAUGAAGUCUGUGAAGGAGCAGUGUAAGAAGCAUAAGUUGGAGGAAACCAUUACCCUCAUCAAGACCAUCGAUGCUCUGGAGGACUUUGAGGACCUGGUGACGAACAAUAUCGAGGUGGAGAAGUUUUUGUCCAAGAUUGAGCAGUACAUGGAGAUGUCUAUCGACUCAGCCCCAUCUCGGUUGAUUCGUCGCCGUCUUCUUGCUAGCAAAGGACCCGAGAAGAACAUCACAAAGCCAGUACUGAAGUGCGCCGAGACUCUGACAUUGCAGUCGCUUUACGCUGAAGACCAGCAGCUAUUUAUGCGGGCCACAACCGAACGUUUCCGUUCUAUGACCCCGGAGAGGAUCAGCCUAGCAAUCCGCGAAGUUCAGGAGCUUGGUCUCACUGGUGAAAAUGCCGGUUACAAAUUGCUGGUGAUCUACCUAGCUCUGAUCUCGCUUCCUCCAGUCGAUGACAAGGAGAGCUCAGCAGCCCAAGAGCUGUCUCAGCUCGGCCUUGAUCUUACAGCUGCUCUCCCUAAGUGCACCUCCAUCACUCAGUUUUGCUUGAUGACCGAGUGCCUGUCUCUUCUGCUACGCACUCACACCCGCAGUCUCGGGCAGUGCAACGUGGAUGGAAUGCUCAUGUCCAUCGGAUCGUGUGCUUCUAAAGUCGGCCCCCAUAUCUCCCCUGAAUAUGCCCCCGCCAUCUACACGCGUCUCUGCCGCCUGAUGGGACUUGUACUGGGACUGCAACGGCUCAAGAUUGGCGGUCGCUUCCACCUCGUGGUCAACGCCAUGCAGCGCCUUCUAUCCUGUCUGUUCGUAACCUCACGCAAGCGGUCUCGGACUAAGACACAAACCAACCUCUCGCAUCCCUUCUGGCUUGCCCCGCUCAGUGCCUCGGACACCACCCACUAUACUCGACUCCUCACUUCCCUUUGCGACCCCACUGUCUCCGCCGUGCUCCGUCCCCAGGCCGGUGCGUCCCGCGAAGCGCUCACCGACGAAACCAAGAAGGCAAAGCGCAUCGCGGGUCAAUACCUGCAGUAUGUCGUCACGGCAUACACCAGAGUAUCUCUCAAUGUAGCGCUCCAACCGGACGUCAAGGCCGCACUGAUGCCUGGUCUCUACGCUGCACUCGACGUGAUGUCCAAGGAAUCAAUGCGCGCUCUCAACGCCGCACUGGAUAUGUCAGGCCGCGCUGUCUUCAAAUCGCUGUACGAUGACUACGUGAAGUUCGGAAAGUGGAACAAGGCGUGA